AUGCCGCCGGCGACGCGGUCGCCGCUCGACGCGAUCGCGCGAAACGUCGACAUGCGCGCCUCGGCGCUGAGCGCGGUGGAGAAGUUGGCGCUCGAGGCCGACGCGACGGCGCUGUCGCCGAUCGACGUCGCGCGCGCGCCGCGCGUCGAGACGACUCGCGCGCGCGAGAGCGACGCGACGGCGCGCGAGAGCGACGCGAACGCGCGCGAGGACGACGCGCGCGAGGACGACGCGGACGAGGCGUCGACGGCGACGACGGAGUAUCGAGAGACGGUGGCGCUGCUGCGCGCGCAGACGACGGCGCUGCGCGAGGCGAACGAAGCGCGCGAGGAGCUCGAGGAAGCGCUUCGCGAGGCGGAGACGACGAAGGCGACGCUCGAGGGCGACGCGCUGGAGCGAAUGCGCGCGGUGCGGGGAGAGAUGGAAUCGCUUCGCGCGACGCUGGAGGAGGUGGUGGAGAGUCGGCGACGCGCGCGAGAGGGGGAGGCGAACGCGGUGGCGCGAGCGAAGGCGUCGGAGGAGACGCUCGCGCGCGAGAGGGAAUCGCACGAGCGCGCGGUGGAGGAAAUGCGCGCGGAGCUGGCGCUCGCGCGGUCGAGCGCGGAAAUCGCGGCUCGAGGCGUGCGAACGAAGGACGGCGUCGAAGUCACCGCGGAGCUGUACGAACAGUCGCACUCGAUGGAAAAGAAGGCGUUGAAGGAUGCGCAGCGGGCCAAAAACGCGCUCGUGGAGCAGAAGAAAACGCUCGAGGCGCUGGAGAAGCGAUUGCGCGACACGAGGUCGCGCGCGGAUUUAGCCGAAGCCAAGUGCCGAGAAUUGAAAUCGGCGCAAAAACGAUGGGAUCGAUUGGAAGCCGGUGGUGAUAACGCGUUCGCACAGUCCCCUGCCUCGGCAGCUACGCCGCGGACGCUGCGACAGAGCCAUCGCGACGUGCGGGCGUACGCCGCCCAGCGCGUGGAGGCGUUGGAGAAGGAUGUCAAGACGACGCGGCGCGAAGCUACGCUAGCGACUGCGGAUUUAGAUUCAAAGUUAGCCGCCGAGUCAGGCACGCGUAGCGCUGUGCAAGGAAGCUUGGAGAGCGCACGCGCGCGUAUCCGCGUGCUCGAAGGUGAGCGUGAUGCGUUGCGAGCGCGCGCCGAGGCGGCAGAGACUGAGGUCGCAGAUUUGAAGAUGACGCUCAAGUUGACGGAGGAACGCGCGGCGCAAGCGGAGGAAACGGCGGCGAAAGAAAUCGCGGCGGCUAUGGACGCGAUGCACCGAGUUCAUUCGGCAGAAGACGCCCUGAUGUCCGCCUCGCACCAGCAAGAGGAGGCGGUCAAGGCGAAAAGUGCAAUGAAGCGGCGCGAAUACGGAGAGAAGACGCGUGAGCUCGAGGAACGCAUCGAAGCCGCUGAACGGGCGCGCGAUGCCGCAGCGCAACGCGCACAAGUGGCGGAGGAUGCACGCAGACGCGCCGAGUCCGAACUUGCGCGCGCGCAGACGAGCACAGCGCGCGACGGCGACGGCGCCGACGUCCGCGAACGAAUUUGCGCCGCCGAGGACAGAGCGCUUCGCGCCGAGGAAGAGCUCUCUCAAGUCCGUAAAGCCGCGCGCGAUGCCGCGCGCAACGCAAACGAAUCCAUCUCGCCGUCGCCCGAACGCGUGGCGCACCGACCACCGUUCUCGCAAUCGCGACCGACUCGUCUUGCGCGCGAGCGCGACGGCCAACGCGCCGCCGCCGCCGAGCUCCUGCACAGCCUUCGCGCCAAACUCGAGGCCAGUUCCCCGUCGAUCGGGCAGAAGUCGAAAAGUAGAUUCACGGAUGCCGAUCACGACGACGCCUCGUACGCUACGCCCGUGAAACGGGCUUGA